AUGGCGACGACAGCUCAGCCUUCGCAGAGCAAGCAGCUGCGGAGACGCAUGCAGGAGCUGGAGGACGAGGUCAGCUUCCUCAAGGAUCAGAACUACCACAUCCAGCAAGUGAGUGACAUGUACCGUGAGAAGGUAUCACAGCUUGUAGCGGCCAUGCGUUUCAACCUGCGUGGGACCACUCCACUAGCCUUUGCAGCGGAUGCGGAGCUAGAGGAGCUUCUGCAGCAGCUACGUGCACACGACAUUACCCACACACCGCAGCGGUCGCCGGAAGCAGAUGAGCCAACAGGCGCCUCGCCGAAGCCGCCUUUGAGCCGCGAGGACGACGACGGCCUCAUGCACAGCACAAGUACGCUCUCGCACACCACGGACAAGCUGCAGUCCGACAGUCGUGUGGCAAAGUCUGCAAAGGGGAAAAGAGCGCAUGCCACGGGGGAUGCAGCGGCGGGGAAGACACAGNGAGCCACAAUAGCAAGGCUGACCGCUGAAAACAAAAACUUGGCGUCCCUCGUCGAUUCCUUCAGACAGCGCGUCACAACCGUGACAAGACUCUACAAGGAACUGGAGAAGAAGUUUCGCGCCGUGUCGUUGCCGGUGGAUCGUCCACACGGCUCACCGUCUAGGCGUCGCCGUGAUGCGUCGCCGAAGGGCGGCCUCAGUCCGACGCAGCUGCGUAAAAAAAUGAGGGAGCUCCAGGAGGAGAAUGAGCGGCUACGCACCGCCUCAGGCCAAUGUGAACACUUAACACGGGAAGUGGCCCACUACAAGACCUUGCUCAAACGGCAGACUGCAGAGCUUGAUUUGGCUAGGCGGCGCGAAGAGAGACCCCUAGCAGAGCUGAAGGAUAUGAAGGCAAAUCUAGCAAAGGCGAUUGAGAUAAACCAAGCGCUGGGGACGGCUUUGCGUUUGAGCAAAGUUCGUGAAAAAAGAGCGGCAUCCGCACGGGAGACCUUCCAAAAUCAACAAGAACACAUGAUGCCUGGUAAGGGGUCAGAGUAUUUAAAUGCAUUCAUUGAGCACGCCACAAGUGAAAUGGAACUGCACCACUCCCUGAUGGGUGAACAUCUUCUCUUAUUUUAUGCGAUUCGUAUGGCCCUUUCUGAUGACUAUAUGAGAAACGAUGAGGAAAUGGAAGCGUACGCUUCGAAGGAAAAUGGGAUUACGGUGGAGACAGGGUCCGUCCUUAAGGCGCUAAAGGAACUUGUAGCAAAAUCAAGGGGAAUUGGGGAGAAGAUGCUUGUGAGAAGUGUCUCUGUGGCAACUUGGCCAGUAACUGCGGGUGGGGGUGAGAUGGGGGCACGAAGAUAUAAAGAAACAGAACAAGCGGAAGCUGAAGAUGAGCACCCCGACGCGCUCGCCAUGACAGACCGAGAGGCGGCGGUGAAAAAAGACCAAGGUGAAAUACAUGCUGAAGCACCAGAGCGGCACAAGGAUAAGGAGGGGGGCCAUCCUGAGGAUGACGUCAAAGAGAAGGGGUAUGACGCAGAUGUGGCUCCAGGAGAAGUGGGAGGGGGCUCAGUAGAGUGCGCUGCAGGCUCACAGAUACCGGGUGAUGCGACAGCAUCAAUCGACUCACGCAACGAAAGCUGCGAAGUUGCUGCUGUGACCACAGACGCGGACACAGCUUUGCAGCAUGCACAUUAUGACAGGCCAUAA